AUGGACAAAAAACAAUACCAAGAGAUUUUAAGAAAAGGAGAUAGGAAUAUAGUUCACGAAGAGUUUAAAGUUAAGGAUGCCAAUCAGUUAUAUCAAAUAUGUGAUAAUGUUUACUGUCUCCUUGCCCCAUCUAUUCCAGAUGAUGGAGUAAGUAGGAGCGGAUAUUGUGGUUUAAAUGAACUCCGUAUGUGUGGUAAUUACCGGCAAGGAAAUAACUGGCAAAGAACUGAUAAGAGUGAUAACAAAAAAUUCUGUUCCGAAGAAUGCUUUAAUAAUCACUAUGCUGAAAAGUGUGAUAAAUGUCAACAAAAAGUCUUAGGUCAGACUUAUUAUAAUGAUAUUGCUAAUAAAGCAGGUAUUCUUUGUUCUUCUUGCCACCAAAAAAGAGAAGAAGAAGAAAGGAAGGAAACAGAAAUUCUCUUACAAGGCAUAAAGAAAAAAAUAUUAGAUGCUUACAACACCUUGCAAAAAGAAGCCGAACAAGAACUUUCUGUCUCUUUUUUUGAGAUAUUUGACUUAUCUUUGGUAAUGAAAAGCAAAUCUUAUCAGGCUAAUAAAGAUAUGGAAGUAAACUGCAAAUUCUUUCUUUGUGAACAGUUAAAAGAAAAAGAGUUAGCGAGCGAAUUAGAAACUUAUGUUGAACAGAUAAAAAAAGAAAUUAAGAAAAUUAGAGAAACUAAAUUAGUUAGUGAUAAAGGAGAUAAAAACAUUCCUAAACAAUUUAAUUCUAGUAGUUUAGAUAAUAAAAUCAUGAAUUUAGAACAAAAUCCUAAUCCUAAUAGUCAAGAAUUAGACUCUAAAAAACAACAAUUAAAAGCUUUAAAAACUAAGUCUAAAGAACUAAUUAAACCUUUGCCUUUAGAUACUCAAAUUACUAUCUUACAGAAAGAAAUAAAAGCACUAACUAGUAAAUCUACUAAAACUAAGGCUGAAGAAAGUAUUUUAGCAAGUAAAAAGCAAGAAUUAGAGGAAUUAUUAAAAAAACAAAAAAAGCCUAAUGCUACCGAGACUAAUCCUAGUAAUAGGACUGCUCUUUAUAUUGGCAACAAGAAAUUAGAAGGCUCUUUGAAAUUAGAAAGAUUUACUAACCUUAGAGAAUUAGUUUGUUCGCAUAAUCAACUUUCUCGUUUAGAAGUUUCUAAUUGCCCUAAUUUGAAGGUAAUUAAAUGUAUUGAUAAUCAAAUUACAGAAUUAGUUAUAAAGAAUUGUCCAAGGGUGAAAGAACUUCGUUGUGCUAAUAACUUUUUAACCGACUUAGACUUAAGCCAAAACCCAGAAUUAGAAAUAUUAAAUAUUGGUAGUAAUAACUUUUUAGAGCAAGAUUUGUCCUUUUUAGGUCAUUUGACUAAUUUAAAGACAUUAAUGUUAGGAAAUUCUGAUCAAGAGAGAAUUGAGAAAGGCAUUUAUAAUCGUUUUAUUGGCUCGCUAGAUAACUUAAAGAAUAUGAAUGAAUUAGAUGAACUUGGCAUUGCCAACACUGAUAUUGAUUCUGGUUUAGAAUAUUUGUCAAAUAAAGUUGAAAAUUUUUAUUGUUUGGCAGAUAAAAGACAAGAUGCUAAGGUUCAAGUUAUUGCUGAUUUAUUUGCUAAUGAGCAAGGAGUAGUAGAAGCAGAUAAGGAUUAUGUGCUGUUAGCAAUUCAAAUUUUAAAAGACAGAUCGCAGUUGCUCAAAUUAGAAAGAAAAGUUGAGGAAUUACAAAAUCAAAUGAAUCGUUUAUUGAAUGAACAAGAACAACAACAAACCAAAGCCCAAAUGGAAAUUCCUCCUAAAUCAUAA